AUGGGCUGGCGAGGUGCCGGCGGACUCGGUGCUGCCGAAAUCGGCGUCUUCUAUUUCUUCGGCGGUCUGCUCAUGGUGAUUGCGUCCUUUUUCGAAUUUUUCCUUGGCCACACCUUCCAGCUCGCUGUGUUUGGAUCCUUCGGCGCUUUCUGGCUCUCAUUCGCAGCGACACUUACACCCUACUUCAAUGCAGCUACUGCAUACCAGCCUCAGAAACCAGAGACGGCUCUCGCAAACCCUACCUUCAACGCCACGUUCGCUUACUUUCCGCUUUACAUGGGCCUCUUGUGUUUUAUAUACUUCAUUGCUUCCCUGAAAACCAACCUUGUACUCAUGUUGACAUUCCUGCUCCUGGUUCCCGGGUUGGGUUGCCUCUCCGGUGUCUUUUUCAAGGCUGCUGAGGGCGUCGCUGCAACAUCACUACAGACCGCCGCCGGUGGCUGCUUCUUCGCGGUCUGCAUUCUAUGUUGGUAUCUACUGGUGGCGCAGAUCCUGGCCUCGGUUGCAUUCCCUGUGCAGCUUCCAGUUGGAGAUCUAAGCCAGUUAUCGACGAUAUUCCGUGGUCGGUUGAAUAAAAAGCGGAACUGA